UUAUCGCGAGACUCUGACGAUAACAUAAAAGACGCAACAUGGCGGCUUCAGACAAAAAACAAGAGGGAAAUAAAAGAAGAAAAACACGAUUCGGAUUCGAUGGACCCGGGUCAGUUAGACGUCACAAUUAAAGAGGACCCGGACCACGAGUUUCCUGACCAGGAUCAGUACAUUCAGGAGGUAAAGGAGGUAAAGUUGGAUCCGGACUUUGUAGACCAGCAUCACUGUAGCAGUGGCGUGAAGCAGGAGAACCAGGACUCGAAUGUUAUGAACUAUGACCAGAACUUUGUAAACCAGGACCACAUCAAGGGCGACAUUGAUGAGAAAAACCAAGAUCCGGAUAUCAGCGAGCAGAAGAGCUUCAACCCCACUGAAGUCACAGAUAAACAGAGACCAAGUGGAAGAUGGGCGUCAAGGCUGUAUUCCUGUCAGCAAUGUGACCAAGCCUUCACCAGACCAUCAGAGCUAAAUAAUCAUCAUAAGCUUCACUUUAGAAAGAAACCACACAGCUGUGACCAUUGUGGCAAAACCUUCUCAGCUAAAAGCAGUUUAAAGGUCCAUCAGCAAAUCCACGUAAGAGCGAAACUCCACUCAUGUGACCAGUGUGGAAAAGCAUUUUCUCAUCGUAGUAACUUAAGGAGACACCAGCGUGUUCACACAGGAGCAAAACCUCACUCAUAUGACCAUUGUGGGAAAGCUUUCUCUUUUGUCAGUAGUUUACACAUACACAAUCACAAUCAUGCUUUAGAGAAACCUUAUUCAUGUGACCAGUGUGGAAAAGCAUUUUUUGAUCUCAGUAAGUUACGGAGACAUCACCGUGUUCACACUGGAGAAAAACCUCAUUCAUGUGACCAGUGUGGAAAAGCAUUUUUUGAUCUCAGUAAGUUACAGAGACAUCACCGUGUUCACACUGGAGAAAAACCUCAUUCAUGUGACCAGUGUGGAAAAGCAUUUUCUGAUCGCAGUAACUUACAGAGACAUCACCUUGUUCACACUGGAGAAAAAACUCACUCAUGUGACCAGUGUGGCAAAGCAUUUUCUCAUCAUAGAAACUUGAUGAGACACCAGCAUGUUCACACUGGAGAGAAACCUCACUCAUGUGACCAUUGUGGGAAAGCAUUCUAUCAGCUCAGUAAUUUAUGGAGACACCAACGUGUUCACACUGGAGAGAAACCCUCACUCGUGUGAACAGUGUUGAAAAGCAUUCUCUGAUCAGUCAUUAAUGAACAAUGUGUUCAUGCCGGAGUUAAACCUUGGUUUCCUGGAGUGAUCAGUGUGGAAAAGCAUUCCGCUCAGUAAGUCACGGACAUACCUAUGUGUUCACACAGGAGAAAAACCUCACUCAUGAUCAAUGUGGAAAAGCAUUUUCUUAAUUGAGUACCUUCAUUUGACUUUGUGGUUCAACAGAAGACCUGUAACAUUCUGCUAUAUCACAUGUCAAACAACCCAAGGGAACGAAAAUUGAUGAAAACAUCCCUUGAGAAGAGCAUGACUGAUGUUAUUUUACACUAGUACCAUAAUGAUUUUCACAUAAACAUGAUUUCUUUAAUAAUUAAGAUUUUACUUUAAUAGUAUAAUGUUUUUAGUUUUAUCACUAAUUGGCUGAUGUGCUGUGUUGUUCUUGAUGAUUUAAGUGAUGCAUAAUUGAGGGCUGAUGUUUUAAUAAAUUCAUUUUUAAUACA